AUGUUUGUGCCGGAGGUAGAACCUGACUUCACUCACGAACAGCUGCUGUCCAGACGUCGUAUUUCACCCGACAAAUUGACUGACGCACUAUACCGUAGCUGGUUAGCGCUCAUCCCAACCCUCGUUCAGCCCCAAGUCCAAUAUACCACACGGACACAGGGCCGACCCUUGGAAAGAGUCAAUGAAGUCAUAUCUGUGUGCACCACUCUCAAAUGCGCAGGGAAAUGA